AUGGCGGCGACGCCGAAGCCGGCCCGGCUACAGCUGAGGGGGCGGGGCUCCCGGGAGGAGCCAAUCCGCGCGGCGCGGGCACAUGACGCGCGCACCUGGCGGCGAGGCCUGGGCCCAGCAGCACCCCCGACGCCGGGCUUCCGGGCAGGGCGCGCCGCCAAGGCCAGGCUCCAGGGACCCGUGGGGGUCAGCGGCCCUUUCGUCUCUCUCCAGACAGCUCUGAGUGUUCAGUUGCCGCUUAGUAUGAUUUCAAGAACUAACGUGGAGACGUCAACUUGUAAAAUGACAGAGCCAUUUACCUUUGAGAAAAAUGAGAGCAAGCUUCCACCACAUGACUCUUUGAGAAGUCCUGGAAGGUAUCCUAACCAUCCUAACUUCAGGUUGAAAAGCCCAGAGAAUGGAAGCAAAAAGAACAAUUUUUUGCUUUGUGAACAAACCAAACAGUACUUGGCUAGUCAGGAAGACAAUUCAGUGUCUUCCCACCCUAAUGGCAUCAGUGGAGAAGUGAUUGGAGCCAAAGGAGACCGGAUGGCAUUGCCGAUAGGAAACUCAGUGUCACCAUUAAAUGUUGGAAAUAAUUCACCACCCAAAGAAAUAAAUAGUAAGCCUAGCAAUAAUGUGCCUCCUGCAAAGUCAAAAAAUAUAUACAAGUUGGUUGAGAAUUCGUUGUCCAUAAAUAAUCCAGCGCUCUUCAACUCCUUAGGACCGCCUGUUCGGUCAACAACUUGCCAUCGCUGUGGCCUGUUUGGAUCCCUGAGAUGCUCGCAGUGCAAGCAGACGUACUAUUGCUCUAUAGCGUGCCAGCGGAGGGACUGGUCCGCACACAGCAUCGUGUGCAAACCCGUUCAGCCAAAUCUCAACAAAGCUGAAGAUAAUAAAUCACCUUUUGAAACAAACAUGGAAGUGAAGAACAAGAGUGACUACUCACUUGGAGUUACUAAGGAAGUAGCCAGUUGUGCUGAUAAAAUAAUGUUUUGUGAUUUGAGAAGUCUGCAACUCAGGAAAACCAUGGAAAUAAAGGGCACAGUUACUGAAUUCAAAAAUCCAGGUGACUUUUAUGUGCAGUUAUUUUCUUCAGAAGUUUUAGAGUACAUGAACCAACUGUCUGCGAGCCUAAAGGAAACAUAUGCAAACGUGGUGCAUGAAGAAGAUUAUAUUCCUGUUAAGGGAGAAAUUUGUGUUGCCAAGUACACUGUUGACCAGACUUGGAACAGAGUAAUAAUACAAGAUAUUGAUAUGCUGCAGAAGAAGGUACAAGUCUUAUAUAUUGACUAUGGAAAUGAAGAAAUGAUUCCAAUAAACAGAAUUCACCAACUAAACAGAAACAUUGACUUGUUUCCUCCUUGUGCCAUUAAGUGCUUUCUAGCCAAUGUUAUCCCAGCAGAGGGAAAUUGGAGCAAUGAUUGUAUAAAAACUGUGAAAUCACUGUUAAUGGAGCAGUACUGCUCUUUGAAGAUAGUUGACAUCUUAAAGGAGGAAGUGGUUACUUGUGCUGUUGAUAUUAUGCUGCCAAGUUCAGGAAAACCCUUAGACCAUGUGCUUGUAGAAAUGGGGUACGGCUUGCAAUCAAAGGAACAAAACUCUAAGCAAAGUGCAGAUCAAAGUGAUCCUGAAGAUGUUCAAAAAAUGACAGCUGAAAACAAAGUUGUUAUCGACAGAAGUGACCUAAUCCCCAAGGUGUUAGCUUUGAACGUAGGUGACGAGUUCUGUGGGGUGGUGGCGCACAUUCAGACCCCAGAAGACUUCUUUUGCCAACAACUGCAAAGUGGACAUAAGCUCGCUGAACUUCAGACAUCCCUCAGCGAGUACUGUGGUAAAGUGUCUCCACGCUCAGAUUUUUAUCCAACCAUUGGUGAUAUCUGCUGUGCUCAGUUCUCAGAGGAUGAUCAGUGGUACCGGGCCUCCGUGUUAGCUUACGCUUCCGAAGAUUCUGUGCUGGUCGGAUAUGUGGAUUAUGGAAACUUUGAAAUCAUUAGUCUGACAAGACUUUGUCCCAUAACCCCAAAGUUGUUGGAAUUGCCAAUGCAAGCUAUAAAGUGUGUACUGGCAGGAGUAAAGCCAUCAUUAGGAAUUUGGACUCCAGAAGCUAUUUGUCUGAUGAAAAAAAUUGUACAAAACAAAAUGGUCACAGUUAAAGUGGCUGAAAAAUUGGAAAACAGUUCAUUGGUGGAACUUGUAGACAAAUCAGUGACACCCAACAUCAGUGUGACAAAAGCUCUCAUAGACGCAGGCUUUGCCGUGGGGGAGCAGGGGGCAGCAACAGAUAAACCCAGUGACGUGAAAGAAGCCAGUGUUCCCUUGGGUGUUGAAACAAAAGUAAAUCCAUUGGAGUGGACAUGGGCUAAACUUGCUGUUGACCAAACAGUAGACGUUGUGGUCUGUGUGCUGUAUAGUCCUGGAGAGUUUUACUGUCAUGUGCUUAGAGAUGAGGCUUUAGAGAAACUCAAUGAGUUGAAUAAAUCACUAGGAGAAUUUUGCCAGCAGAAGUUGCGUACUGAUUUUAAGGCAGAAAUAGGACAGCCUUGUUGUGCUUUUUUUGCUGGUGAUGGUAAUUGGUACCGAGCUUUAGUCAAAGAAAUCUUACCAAAUGGAAACGUUAAAGUACAUUUUGUGGAUUAUGGAAACACUGAAGAAGUUACUUCGGAUGAACUCCAGAUGAUCUCAUCAAAUUUUUUAAAUCUUCCAUUUCAAGGAAUACAAUGCUGGUUAAUAGAUGUCCAGCCUGGAAAUGAACACUGGUCUAAAGAAGCCAUCGCGAGAUUUCAGAUGUGUGUUGCAGGCAUCAAACUCCAGGCACGGGUGGUUGAAAUCAUUAAAAAUGGAGUGGGAAUUGAACUCACUGAUCUUUCCACUUCUUAUCCCAGAAUAAUUAGUGAUGUUCUCAUUAAUGAACAUCUGGCUUUAAAAUCUAGUUCGCCACAAAAAGACUUGCCAAAUAACAGACCUGUUUAUAAACAUGAUCUUCAAAUUGACACCCCAGGGCUUCAAGUCAUCUCCUCAGCUGAUCAGUGGAGAACCGUAGAGCUGCCGAUUAAUAAAACUAUACAAGCAAGCAUAUUAGAAAUCAUAAAUCCACACUUGUUCUAUGCCCUCCCAAGUAAUAUGCAAGAAUAUCAGGAAAAACUGUAUAUAUUGACAGCUGAAUUGUUAGAAUAUUGCAAUGCUCAGAAAAGUCCAUCACCCUACAAACCAAGAAUUGGAGAUGCGUGCUGUGCCAAAUACACAAACGACGACUUCUGGUACCGUGCCAUUGUCCUGGCGACAUCAGAGACUGAUGUGAAGGUCCUCUAUGCCGACUAUGGAAACACCGAGAUCUUGCCUCUCUCCAGAGUGCAGCCCAUCUCCACCAGCCACCUGGAGCUUCCUUUCCAAAUCAUCAAAUGUUCACUUGAAGGUCUAAUGGAAUUGAAUGGAAGCUGUUCACAAUUAAUAAUUGAACUACUAAAAAAUUUCAUGUUGAAUCAGACUGUAAUGCUUUCAGUAAAGGGAAUCAUUAAGAAUGUCCAUAUGGUGUCAGUUGAGAAAUGUUCUGACAGUGGCACUGUCAAUAUAGGGGAUAAGUUGUUGAUGUAUGGUCUGAUAAAAAAUACCACAUCGGAAAAACAAAGUGCUUUAAAUAAAGAGAAUAAACACGGCGUGAAUUGUUGCUGCACCGAGUUACGGAAGCAGGUUGAAAAACAUGAACAGAUUCUUCUCUUGCUCUUAAACAAUCCAGCCAAUCAGAAUAAAUUUAUUGAAAUGAAAAAUUUGUUGAAAAGAACAGUCUCUCCUGGAGCUAGACACUUGUGAGAAAGGAACAGCCUAGACUUAGGAGAGAAAGUACUGCAUCUUACGUUUAUUGGAACCUUUUCUUUGUCUGCUUUUUCUUUAAUGACCUGUUAUGCCUUCACUGUUGUUUGCUUACUACUCUUCUAUUAGGUUGGGUAGUUUUUAUUUUUGUUCUCUUAAGGUUUCCUCCCAUGUAAAUCUUGCGUAAAAGAUUCAUACCUAAUUCCUAGGGAUAUCAGGAAGGGGAUACGUAGGAGGCGUUCAACUGUGUAUUUAACUUUUCAUUACUUCAAGUUACUGAAGAAAAUAUUGCUUCAUGUUUACACUAGACUUCGUUGAUGGAUACAUGAGUUUUAUUACUUUCUAGACUUUUCUGUAUGUGUGAAAUAUUUCAUAAUAAAAUACGCCCUGCUCUUCCUGUCAUCGUCUGACUCUCCCACAUAAUAAAUGUUCUUUGGU